AACGGAAAGCUACGUCCAAUGUGAGGGCGACCACAUCGAGAAAGUCGUAUAAUGGAGAAUAACUCCAAAGUAAUAAAAAGAAAUUCUAUCACUUCACAGUUCCCAGUUUCACACUAGCCAAAGAUGAUAAAACCAGCAGGCUCCUCCUCCAACCCCUCCUGCCCUCCAAACCCUAUUUUCCUGUCUUGAUCUUAAUUUUUUACAUCUCCUCAUUCUCUCUCUCUCUCUCUCUACUCUUUCAGUAGUGAUCUACAGAUCUCUCUCUAGCUGUCUCCGGCUCUCUGACCAUGUUCAUGAUCGACCACUUCCUCUUCUCAACACUUUGAUCCAUGAUUAUAUUCUCUCUCAUCAACAACUGAGAUUAAUAUCAUGUUCGUACUAGUUAUAUUCAGGUGCUUCAUGAGCUAAGCGGCACAGGCUCACAGCAACUAUUGUAGACAAGCAUUGAGGAUUUCUGGGGCUGAUCAGACUAUUUAAGAUCUUAAAAUUUGAUAAAUAAGGUGGAUCGGACGCAUGGAAAAACUCCUCUUCCUUCCGAUGCUGCAGCAGCAUCAUCGGAGGAGAAAGAGAAAUAUUACAACCACAUCUUCCCAAUCUACGCCUCCACUCCUUCUGAUCAAGACAUGUCUGCCAUGGUUUCUCUGGUGCAAGAAGGACACUCUCACAACCCACCAGUACCACACUCUGAGUCUAUGAACGAUCAAGAUCUGCACCGGAUCCCAUCAUGGAAUAAUACGAUGAGGAGGAAGAACUAUAGAGGAGUAAGGCAAAGGCCAUGGGGUAGUUGGGCAGCGGAGAUACGUGAUCCAAAGAAGGCAGCUCGAGUGUGGCUAGGGACAUUUGAUACGGCCGAGGAUGCAGCCAUGGCUUACGAUGAAGCGGCUUUUAGGUUCAAAGGGACUAAAGCUAAGCUUAAUUUCCCUGAACGAGUUCAAUCUUCUCAUCACGUAGCCGAUUCCAAUUCCAAUACACUUCCUCAUUUGUCCCAGAAUACAUACCCAGACCUCUUUAGAUAUGCCCAGAUACUAUGCAGUAGGGAUGAUCAGGAUCUGCAAUAUAUCGCAACUGCUGGUGACUCUGGUUUGUAUAGUCCAGGAUCCUUUGGGUCGAACUCGUCAUCCACGACUUCAAUGGCACCUCAACAACAACAACAACGACAACAAGAGCUUCUGAGGCUUUCAUCACUGGUCGGAAGCUCUUCUUCUAGCUCUGAACUUGCUUUACAUGGGAGGGACACUGAAACCAGCCCCUCAAAAGAUUAGGGUUUACUUUUCUUUCUUUUCCUUCUUUUUUUUUUUUUUUACUCAUCGGUUAUCACGUUGGUUAUGUUAAUAUAAGAUAUUAAGAUAUAUCUGUUUUC